AAGGGGAGUCCAGGGCUGCGAGUCGUGCGCCGGAGUCAGAAGUACGUCUCGCGACCCAGGCGCCGGCCGCGGGGCUACUGAGGGAUCCCGAGAGCGAUGCUGCCGCCGCCGUCGCUCCCUGAUUGGCUGCGGUCGGCUCUCUCUUCGUUCUGAUUGGCAGGCUGCGGCUGGAUGAUGCUAAGCAAGAGCCUGAAACGUAAGCGGGAGGAGGAGGAGGAGGAGAGGAAGGAAGACACCUGGUGGCUGGGUCCUGGCCACGCUGCUGAGGCACAGGGCCCCCCUGCCGCUGCCUCCAGCUCCCUCUUUGACCUGUCGGUGCUCAAACUGCACCAUAGCCUGCGGCAGAGUGAGCCUGACCUGAGGCAUUUGGUGCUGGUUGUGAACACGCUCCGGCGGAUCCAGGCAUCCAUGGCCCCUGCAGCUGCCCUGCCCCUCGUGCCCAGCCCGCCCGUCGUCCCCAGUGUGGUGGACAGCCUGCUGGCCAGCUCGGAUGCCAGCCUCUCGGCCUCCAUGGCCAGCCUCUUGGAGGACCUCAGCCAGAUUGAGGGCUUGAGUCAGGCCCCCCAGCCCCUGGCUGAUGAGGGGCCACCUGGCCGCCUGACGGGGCCAGCCUCUACUGGUCUGGAUGACUUGGACCUGGUGGACCCAGCCACCGGCUGUCUGCUGGACAAUGGGCUUGAGUGUCUGUUUGAGGAUAUCGACACCUCCAUGUACGACAGCGAACUGUGGGCACCCGCUUCUGAGGGUCUCAAAGCCGGCCCCGUGGAGGCCCCCAGCAAGGAGGAAGCUUCCGAGCUGGAUGAGCUGGACUACCUCAUGGACAUGCUGGUCAGCACACAGGAACUGGAGCGGCUGCCAGGGCCGGGGCGCUGACCUCCCCUGCGGCUGGAUGGUUUGUCUGGUGGCCAGGCUGAGCCGAGCGGCCCCGCCAUGCUCUGAAGGGACCUUCAGUUCAGAGAGGAGGCUCUGAGCACAGGGGGUCGGCCCAGGCAUCCUCCCUCCCUCCGGCCUGUUGUCUGGGGCUGAGGAGGCCUUCUGGGGUUGGCCCUCAGCGUGAUGACAGGGCCGGGGACUGGAAUGUGAUAUGACCAGACCCUGGGCCAGACUGAAACCGCCAAGGUCAGAGUCGGGGAAUAUUCUUUUCCCUGAUGGGCGAGGAGACCCCAAUCAGUGUUUUGAAAUUAAAAUGAAAGUUCAGAAUCUG